AUGUCAUAAGGUUGUCAUUUCAAAACUGCUGAUGGUGUGUAUCAAGCUUGCUUGUCAUCCAAAAGUAAAUGAAAGUAACGUUAGGAUAAAGUAAAAAAUUACAUAUAUAAUUUUUUAUAUAAUUAUAAAAGCAAUAUUUAUUUAUCAAAGGUGCUACUAUCGACGGUCAUGGAUCGAAAAAUAGUUUGGAGGGUGUUGUUACUGCUAUGUGUAAUAUUUGUUCAAAAGUCUGAGCAAGCAAAGAAGCAAAGAACAGCAGUUAUUACAGAUAUAGGUGAUAUAAAAGAUUUUAAGAAACUAUUAAGAACUAAGACUAAUGUUUUGAUAUUAUAUGUGAAUGAGCCGAAGAAUUCACACACCAUAGUAGACGUGUUCAAAGACACUGCUGAUGCUAUGAAGGGACAAGCUACUCUUGCUCUAAUAGACUGUACCAGUGAAGGUAGGAAGCUUUGCAAGAAACUGAAAGUGGCUACAGAUAAACCCUACUACAUGAAGCAUUAUAAAGAUGGCGAAUAUCAUAAAGACUAUGACAGAAAUGAGUCAAGUUACUCGCUGUCAAACUUCUUGAGGGAUCCCACUGGAGAUCUGCCGUGGGAUGAGGAUCCUACUGCAACUGACAUAUUUCAUCUUCAAGAUGGAGAGGCUCUGAACAAGUUCUUGAAGAAAGGCGCUGGUGCUUACAAGAAAUCUAUGAUAAUGUUCUAUGCACCCUGGUGUGGGUACUGUAAGACUAUGAAACCAGAGUAUGUUAAUGCUGCUGCUGAAUUGAAGGGCGAAUCAUUACUCGCUGCGAUUGAUGUAUCGAAACCAGGAAACUCAAAAGUAAGGCAGUUGUACAACAUUACUGGCUUCCCUACGCUGUUAUACUAUGAGAAAGGCCAAUACAAACUGCCGUACAAUGGCGAGAACAAAAAACAAGCUAUCAUAGAUUUCAUGAGGGAUCCAACUUCUGCAAUGCAACAAAAGAAGAAAGAAGUAGUUGAUGAAAGCUGGCCCGAAGACUCUGAUGUUGUGCAUUUAACUGUUGCCAAUUUUGAUGAAACUCUUACGAAUGUCAAAAAUGCUCUCGUAGUCUUCUACGCUCCUUGGUGUGGACAUUGCAAGAGAAUUAAGCCUGAGUUUGAGAAAGCAGCCAAAAGGAUCAAGUCUGAAAAGAUCGACGGUAUUUUGGCGGCAGUUGACGCCACAAAGCAGCCCGACCUGGCUUCUCGUUUCGGUGUGAAGGGAUAUCCAACUCUAAAGUACUUCAGCAAAGGAGAAUAUAAGUUUGAUGCAAGCCAUGCCAGGCAAGAAGACCAAAUUAUUAGUUUUAUUAAGGACCCUCAAGAGCCACCGCCACCACCACCCCCGGAAAAGCCGUGGUCGGAAGAGGAGUCGCCCGUGCGCCACCUCGACACCUCGACGUUCAGAAACACACUGCGCAAGAUCAAACACGCCAUUGUCAUGUUCUAUGCACCAUGGUGUGGACACUGCAAAAGUACUAAGCCGGAGUUUGUGAAGGCCGCAGAGAAAUUCGCUGAUGAACUUUUGGUAGCGUUCGGAGCAGUUGAUUGUACCGCCGAUCAGGAACUGUGUGCUAACUAUGGCGUCAGAGGCUACCCUACGAUCAAAUAUUUUAAUUUUUACGACAAAGCCGUCAAGGAUUACACAGGUGGUAGAAAGGAAGGUGACUUCGUGAACUUCAUACAUAGCCAAGCGGACUUCCACCCGACCGCUCAAAAGGAACUAACGGCGCAGCAAUCUGGAUUCGGCCUAAAUGUAGUGAUGACUAGCGACGUAGACUUUGAGCAGGUCAUGAAAUCAUCGACACCUUCCUUCAUCAUGUUCUUCGCUUCUUGGUGUUCACACUGCAUGGAUGCGAAACCACAGGUUAAUCUCCUGGCAGACAAGCUAAAAGCUGAAGAUAUCCCAGUUAAAGUAUAUGCUGUGGAUGCAUCUCAGAACCAGAAGGUCGCUGACCUCGCUGGCAUACAGACUCUACCAACGUUUAAACUGUACACGAGUGGACAACUUAUUGCCAACUAUGAAGGCGGUCGCACUCUCGACGAGAUGUACGAGUUCUGUCGCAGUUACGCUGGCAAGGUGAAGGAUGAGUUGUGAUCCUAGUUAUACUCCAUCACUCGAUUUCCAUGUUGAGUCUUUCAUAUUAGUGGUAUCCUCGCGUUUACUUAAACUAUUGCCGAAACAAAUUAUUAUAAAGUUUAUGUAUCCUAUGUAUUAUACUUGUAAAACUUUACACACAAUCUCAUAAUAUUUAAAUUUAUAUCGUUAUGUAACUAUAUUAUAAGUAUAUCUUAUUAUAUAUAUAUAUAUGACGGCGCGACGCGUUUGCUGUCGACGACGUCGGGACAGGGUGGCAGCACGAUAGAUGGUCUGUCACCUGCCAUUCUUGCGGAACGUCACACCGGUGGAAGCGGGGCGGCCAUCAAAAACACUUUUUGAAUGAACAACCGCCAACGCACCACGCGCUCGACGAAUCGCUUCUUUCCGACGCCAUCUGUAGCAGUUUCUAAGUUGAUUUAAUUUAGUAACAUUAUCUGUGCCUAAUUAAAGAGUGUUAGAGUUAUAUUUUGUUAUUAAGAAGAAAUAAACCAUUGGAAAAUUAAUUAGUGACUUUGUUCGUGUUUCUGACAUCCGUGAAACAUGGAAGAUUCUGAUAUAGGCCAUCCUGAGUUUAUAUAUAUGUAUACUUAUUAUUAUAUAAAACUGAAGAGUUUGUCUGUUUGUUUGGACGCGCUUAUCUCCGGUAUCACUGGACCGAUUUAAAUAAUUAUUUUUGUAUGGGGUAGAAUACUUAUCAAGGAUGGCUUAGGCUACAAAAUAUUAUGCUAUGAUAGGAGCUGAGCGGCGGAUGAUACAGCGCGAAUGUAGCGAAUAUCAUGAUAUAUAUGUCUAAUGUAGAAUGCGUGUUUAUAAACCGUAUACAAUUUCAACAAUAAGACUUUGAAUAUUGACAAUACACAAAUGUAGUGGUUUCGUUUUAUUAUCUAAGAAGAUUAAUCUAUUUUUGCAAUGUUAUUUCGGGCGACUAUAGUGCUCGCGUUUAAUUAGUUGCUAAUGUUACUUAGAUAUGAAAUUACUUAAAAGACUAAUGCAAACAUAUUGUAAUUAUUAAUUAAAGUAGUCGAAAGGAUAAUAUUCAAUUAUUGUUAUAAUAGUCUAUGAGUUAUUUUUCUACGCAUAAGACAUAUUUAGAUGACUUAUUAGUCAAAAUGUAUAUUGUGUAGCAAAUAUUUUAAUAUACCUUCGUAUUGCGCAUAAUAAUCUCAUUGAUGAAUAUCAGAAAUGAAUCAAAUAAUUGUAUUUAUGUAAAUUAAUUAAUGGUAUUUAUCUAUACGUACCUAACGAAUGAAGUAUAGUAUGAUGUUGAUCGUAACAAAUAUUUAUUAAUUUAUUUUACAUCAUAUGUUUAUUGUACUUAUGCUUUACAUUAGAAUCUUGUAUAUAUUAUCAUUAUUUCAGUGAUACAUCACCGUCGAAGAAUUUGUUCUAGUUAUUUGUUAUAAGUAAAACAUAUAUAAUAUAGUUAUCCAUUAAUAUUUUCUUAUGAAUAGUGUAAGUAUUGUUAUGAACUUUUUUAUACGUUUUAUUCUUUUGAACAUCUAUAUAUUAUGUUGUAUGUGUCCAUUUCCAAUUUUUUAAUGGUAAUCUGCAUUUAUUUUACAAAUUAAAUAUAGUUAUUUUAACGGCGUUUGCUUCGACAUUCCUUGUACUUACAUGUUUAAUUUAAUUUUACAGUAAUAAGAUAAACACUUGGACUUUAUCGGCGUCUAUGUGUAUACUAUGUGUUUGGUGAGCUUCGUUUUAAAUGAAUUUUAUCGUCACUAGUUCUAAUCUUUGAGAUUUCACAUUUACGCUUGUAUUGAGUCUGUAGCAGAUGUAGAACACCUCGGAACCAAUUGAGAUUUUUAUUUAUAUUAUUUAAAAAACUAGUCCUUAACAUUGUGAUAUCUAUGUCAGUUUGCACAUUUUUUAGAACUAAUCUGUCUUCCAUAUGUUUAAGUGUCUGUCGCAUAGAGUUCGGGUUUCAAGUGAUGUCAGAAACUCACUAAAUCUUCGUAUAAUCUAAAUAUUCUAUUUUAAUAACACGCGAUAAACGAGGUGUUCUUUCCUUUCGAUUUUUUAGUAUUGUAAUGUUUUUUGUACCUAAACUAGAUUGUGGAUAUCAAACGUUGAUUUGAAACUAGAAUGCGCAUUAAAUACCCGUAGCACCAUUUUAGUGUUGGUUGGGCUUCCAAUAUAUUUGUAUUAUUUUUAAAUAAAUAGUUAUUGUUACUUAAUACUUAUGCAUUUAUUUUCAUACUAGAUUAGAUAUUAUAUUAAAUCCAUAUUGUGCAAUUUCCAGAAGUGGCAAUACGUUGAUAAUAAAAGAAUUAAAUUAUACUAUGGUGCCGUAUCAAGAUAUUCAAUUUUUUGUACGUCGUUAAUCAAUUUAUUGUAUUAGAUGUUUAUGAAGUUGUUCGGUUCAGUGUUAAGGUAACUUGUUAACUGUAUGAGCUUAAAAAGUAACAGCAAUAUUAUUAAUAAUGUAUCACGUAACAUUUGAAUGUCUGUGCGAAAUAAAACUAAUCAUUUAUA